UGAAUGCUCUCACCGUCAAACGUCACUCACUCUCUCAUUCACUCCUCCUCUCUGAACACAAGUGGAUUCACAAAGAACACGGCGAACAAAACUUCCUUAUUUCUCAAAGUCCGGUCGGCGGAGAAUGGCGGAGAGCGGUCUGUAUAUGGUUUACCGUGGUCUCAUGCUGCCUAAGGUGGCUCACACAGAGGAAAGUCUCAACUUCCUCCAGAAUUUCCGAGUCGAAGAUGAUGAUGUGUUCGCUGUCACCUAUCCCAAAUCCGGUACCACAUGGAUGCAGGAAAUCCUUCCUCCGCUGCUGAAUGGAGGAGACCUGACGUCUGUGGAAACCAUCCCUAACUGGGACAGGGUCCCGUGGCUGGAGGAGACGCGAGCUUCGGUGGUCUUAGAUAAGCUCCCUUCACCCCGAGCCAUCGUCUCACACAUGCCUUAUAACUUUAUGCCAUCCUCCUUCUUCAAGUCCAAGGCCAAGGUAAUCUACGUCGCUCGGAAUCCUAAAGAUGUUUUGGUUUCAUCUUUCCACUUUCAUCAAAUGGCAAGUUUCCUUGAUGACCCCGGAACAUUUGAGGAAUUUGUUGACAAGUUCCUGUCAGGAAAACUUUUGUUCGGUAAGUGGACCGAUCAUGUGAAGAGCUGGCGAAACCCUGAGCUCGGCGACAGGAUCCUGUACAUCACCUACGAGGAAAUGCUUCAGGACCUCCGUGAAGUCCUGGGCCGGAUUUUGCGGUUUCUCGGCCGGGAGCUCAGCGCCGAGGCUCUGGAUAGAGUGGCCAAUCGCAGCACUUUCAAAAAUAUGAAAACGAACAAAAUGUCAAACUACUCUCUGGUGCCAGAAAACAUUAUGGACAACAAGAAAUCGCCCUUCCUCAGAAAAGGUAUCGCUGGAGACUGGAAGAAUCACUUCAGCCCUGAACUCGAUGCCAAGUUCACAGCUGUGGUUCGAGAGGAAAUGAAAGGAAGCAACAUCAGGUUCCCGUGGGAUGAAGAUUGAGUGAAUCUCUUUUAAUGGCGUCUCGGUGCGCAUCAAAAUAAACAGUCAUUGAUGGAACAUGUGA